CCAUCACUUCCGGGCUGAGAGCUACGGCGGCGCGAGACAGCGACCGCAACAUACAACGACAUAGAAGAAUAAAUAAUCAUCGCUAUAUAUUUGCCGCGUCUAGCUUUUCUAUAACAUAUUUUUUCUUCAUUUUAAAUGGGAUGUUGCGAGUCUGACUGAAGCAGCUGCGUCAGCAUAAGGGAGGGCUCAUCUUUAAACCCAGGGGGCUUUGCACGCCGUCAGAGCAGGAAGCUGGAGUGGGAAAAGGAAAUGGAACAGGAAAUAGCCCUCUCAGCCAGCAGGUUUGACAAAAGGCAGUAGAAACGUCAAGAAGUACCAUCUACACCAUCAAGCACUUCAAGAACCAGAAGAAGCCAGCAAGAGCUUCAGAAAAACAGGAAUACUAUCACGUGUUUGGAGGAAAGUAAAGAACAACACAAAGAUGAAGUUGAAGGAGGACAUGUCUCCUCUCCUGCUGCAGGUCUUUCGAUCGGUCGCCUGGGUUUAUUCCGUCAUCACAUUUCUGCCCUGGUACCUGCUCUCCGGAGCCAGCGGGAACCAGGCCCGUGCUAAAAGGAUCAAAGCGCGCACAGUAAGCGGGACACCGGCAGGGCCGUACCGGGCUGUGAACAGCCAGCAGAGGUUGGCGUCCCUGCUGCACGAGGGUGUGGAUACUUUGGAUAAAGUGUUUGAAUAUGCUGUAGUACACUUUCCUGAAAGAGACUGCCUGGGCACAAGAGAGCUGCUGAGCGAGGAGGAUGAGAUGCAGCCUAACGGCAAGAUCUUUAAGAAGGUGAUUUUGGGUGAUUAUAACUGGUUGUCGUAUGAAGAAACGUUCCAUCUGUCUCAGAGGUUUGGUAGCGGGCUCGCCGCUCUGGGUCAGAAGCCUCUUUGUAACAUCGCCAUUUUCUGCGAGACUCGUGCUGAAUGGAUUGUAGCAGCUCAGGCAUGCUUCAUGUACAACUUCCCCUUGGUGACCCUGUACUCCACAUUGGGAGGAGCAGCUAUAGCUCAUGGUCUAAAUGAGACUGAGGUCACGCACAUCAUCACAAGCAAAGACCUGCUGCAGAGCCGCCUCAAGGCCAUUCUGUUGGAAGUCCCCAGACUGAAGCACAUUAUAUUGGUUGAUAUAAAGACCACCAGUUGGCCUGAUCUCCCCAGAGGCAUCAUGGUCCACAACAUGGGUGCAGUGCAAGAACUGGGGGGCAAAACUGAAAAUGUAAUGGUGUCCCGCAGGCAGCCUGUCCCGUCUGAUAUCGCAGUGAUCAUGUACACCAGCGGCUCUACAGGCAUUCCUAAAGGAGUCAUGAUCUCCCAUAGCAACAUCAUCGCUGGCAUCACCGGCAUGGCUGAACGCAUUCCUAACCUGAAUGAGAAUGACACCUAUAUUGGCUACCUGCCACUCGCUCAUGUCCUGGAGCUCAGCGCUGAACUAGUAUGCGUGUCACAUGGCUGCCGGAUUGGAUAUUCGUCACCUCAGACUCUUGCUGACCAGUCAUCUAAAAUUAAAAAGGGCAGUAAAGGAGACACCAGUAUGCUCAGACCAACACUGAUGGCAGCUGUUCCUGAGAUUAUGGACCGGAUCUAUAAGAAUGUGAUGACUAAAGUUGAUGAGAUGAGCAGUGUGCAGAAAACUCUCUUUGUUCUGGCGUACAACUACAAGAUGGAGCAGAUCUCUAAAGGAUACAGCACGCCUCUCUGUGACAGGCUUGUGUUCAAGAAGGUUCGCUCGUUGCUGGGCGGUAACAUGCGUGUGCUGUUGUCUGGCGGAGCUCCUUUAUCCGCAGCUACUCAGCGUUUCAUGAACAUCUGUUUCUGCUGUCCUGUGGGACAAGGCUAUGGCCUCACCGAGACCUGCGGAGCCGGGACCAUCAGCGAGUUUUCAGAUUACAGCACUGGACGUGUUGGAGCUCCUCUGGUGUGCUCCGAGAUCAUGCUGAAGGACUGGGAGGAAGGUGGUUAUUUCAGCACCGAUAAACCAAACCCACGAGGAGAGAUUGUGAUUGGCGGUCCCAACGUCACAAUGGGUUACUAUAAAAACGAGCAGAAGAACCGAGAGGACUUCUUUGUGGAUGCGAACGGCCAGCGUUGGUUCUGCACCGGAGACAUCGGAGAGUUUCACCCUGAUGGCUGCCUCAAGAUUAUCGAUCGUAAGAAGGACCUGGUGAAGUUGCAAGCUGGUGAAUACGUGUCUUUGGGCAAAGUGGAGGCUGUGCUCAAAAACUGCUCAUUCAUCGACAACAUCUGUGCUUAUGCCAACAGUGACGAGUCUUAUGUGAUUGGGUUUGUGGUGCCCAAUCAGAAGCAGUUAACCACCCUUGCUGCGCAGAGGGGGAUCAGAGGAUCAUGGGAAGAGAUCUGCAACCACGCAGAGAUGGAGAAAGAGGUUCUACGUAUCAUCACAGACGCGGCUAUAACAGGUAAGCUGGAGCGCUUUGAGAUCCCAAAGAAAAUCCGUCUGAGCCCCGAACCCUGGACGCCCGAGACGGGUCUGGUUACCGACGCCUUCAAACUCAAACGCAAGGAACUAAAAACGCACUAUCAGGACGAUAUCGAGAGGAUGUACGGCGGCAAGUGAAUGAAACCAGGGGUCAGCCGGUGGUGUGAUGUGGGGGGGAAGGGGUUUAGGACACACCAUACCACAAUGCCUAUAUACGACAAAAACCAACCCACAAUCCUCUGCCUUCCUGCUUCCUGUGAUGUUCUGCGAUCAAAACAGUGACACUUGAAUUUUGGUUAUGGUUUGAUGAGAGGGAACGGAGCGAAAGCAAACGUCACCUGCUGAAGCAGGUACUAAAUAGCGUACUUUUCUCAGAUGAUUCACGAGAGUGACUCCUUGACACAAUACAACCUACAGACUGUGAGACUUUGGACCCCACCCACUUCUCUCUUCCUUUUCCCUCAUUGGCUGUCUUUGGUAGACACCCCGCCCUCACAUUAUUCUGUAGGAUGCGCUUGAUGAUUCCACCCUACUGCAAAGCGGUCACACUGAAUUG